AUGGCUUCUUCCUAUUACUGUGUAAUUUCCUCUGUUUUCCUCUUUCUCUUUGGAUUCCUAUUCUUUCCAACCGAAGCAGUUCCACUUUACAGUUCUCAUUGCUGCACAGACUCUCUCAAAUUCGAACCAAACAGAACCUUCCAAACCAACCUCAACCUCCUCCUCUCUUCACUUACUUCCAACGCCACAGAAGGCAGCCAUUUCUACAGGACAAGAGUUGGCAGCACCGCUCCUAACACUGUCACCGGCCUCUUCCUCUGCCGAGGCAACACACUCUCCGCAGCUUGCCACGACUGCGUAGCGGCCGCAGCCACCGAGAUCAAACGGAGGUGCCCCGUUGAGAAAGAGGCCAUAAUAUGGUAA